UUUGGAGGCAGGGAGCGAGCUGCACCAGGGGCACGCCGGGCGAGGAACAGCACCCCCCCGCCGAAACCGCAGGACGCGUCUCCCUGGACCCAGGGGCACCCAGGGGCGCCCGGGUGCGCGGCAGCAGCGCGACGGAAAGGGCAGGCGGAAGGGGCAGGCGGCAGGGGCAGGCGGCAGGCUCCGUCACCAAGCAGCGCCGCAGGAGACGUGGCAACGCGGGGCGGGGCCGGUGCGGCGCAGCGCGCGGGCGCUGCGCUGCUACGGCUGCUGGGAGUUGUAGUCGGUGGCGGAAUCGGUCGGUCCCUCCAUUCAUCGCCAGCGAGGCCUGGGGCGCGGCCUGCCCGCCAGCUUUUUGUAGCUGGAGGAAAAUGAUGGAAGAGAGUGGAAUAGAGACAACUCCACCUGGUACGCCCCCACCAAGCACAGCAGGGGCUGCUGCUGCUGCUACACCUGUCUCAUUAGCUUUGUCCAGUCCCCUUGCAACACCAAGCACGUCAUCUUCUCCUGCAUACUCACCACCUGUGCCAGCUGGAGGGCCUUCACUUCCUCCUCCUAUGAUGACUUCAGCUUCUCUUCCAGUUGUGCCUUCUGCAACGGUUUCUACUAUUGCACCACCUCUAACUCCUGCCCCACCUCAUGUUGCCCCUUUAUCUUUUAGUACCUCCGUGUCCCAGUUCUCUACACCUCCUCCAUUAAGCUCUACUACUGGCUCUAGUCUUCCUGCACCUCCUACUGGUCCCCCCAUUUCAGGAUUUUCCAUAUCUUCAACCUAUGAUAUUACCAGAGGACAUGCUGGCCGAGCACCACAGAGCCCACUGAUGCCAUCAUUUUCUGCACCUCCAGUCACAGGUGUUUUGGCAGAUCCUAUUACUCAACAAGCAACUUUCUCAUCACCUUUGGCUCCUGGAACUGGUUCUGCAAUCACUUUUCCUGAGGAACAUGAAGACCCCAGAGUAUCUACUGCCCAAGGUGGAACACCUGCUGGAGGACUGUGGGGGUUUAUAAAGGGUGUAGCUGAGAAUCCCAUGGUGAAGUCUGUUCUUGAUAAAACCAAACAUUCAGUGGAGACCAUGAUCGCAACACUGGAUCCUGGCAUGGUUCCAUAUAUCAAAACUGGGGGAGAACUGGACAUAGUGGUUACUUCUAAUAAAGAGGUAAAAGUUGCAGCAAUUCGAGAUGCCUUUCAAGAAGUCUUUGGAAUGGCUGUUGUUACUGGAGAGGCUGCACAGUCUAACAUCGCACCCCAACCUGUGGGCUAUGCUGCAGGUUUAAAAGGAGCCCAAGAAAGAAUAGACAGCUUGCGUCGGACAGGAGUAAUACAUGAAAAACAGCCUGCUGUAUCAGUAGAAAACUUCAUUGAGGAAUUGCUUCCUGAUAAGUGGUUUGACAUUGGAUGUCUGAUUAUUGAGGAUCCAGUUCAUGGAAUUCAUCUGGAAGCUUUUACCCAAGCAACACCAGUGCCUUUGCAAUAUGUUCAGCAGGCUAAGAAUCUCACUCCUCAGGACUACAAUCUGAGAUGGUCAGGCCUGUUGGUGACUGUGGGCGAAGUGCUUGAGAAGAGUAUAAUGAAUGUCAACAGGACUGAUUGGCACAUGGUAUUCACUGGUAUGUCCCGUCGACAGAUGAUCUACAGUGCAGCUAAGGCUCUAGCAGGAAUGUACAAACAGCACUUACCACCCAGGACCGUUUGACAGAAGGCUGAUCCAUGAUGCUAAGGAAUACUGGGUUUGAUUCUGGAAUUGAAGUGAAAGCUACAUAUUCUCAUUCUCAGAGGAUACAGCGCAGAUUUGUAAUCUAACUGUAAAGUAUAUUUUACUUUUUAAGAAGUGAAGGUAAUUUCCAAUAGUGGAAAUGAGCAAUUGCAAUUUUUAACUACUAUGUGAUUUCCAAUAUGAUUCACAAAACAGGAAAACAGAACAAACGUAUAUUUAUAACUGGGACAAAUAGCAUUAGUUUGUAAAGUGGAAUGUGCUAUUAUUUAACACCUUAUUAGGCAUUUGCUGAGAUAUUUUAGUUAGUAUACUUUUUUAAAGAAGGGGCGCAUUGCUAUUAUAUUAGUAAUACAAACAUGUUAACAGUAUAACAUGUAUGUUACAUAUGCAUUUCAAUCCAGAGAGACUACCUUUUGUAUUAGAUGUUUUCUUGGGGCCUGUGCUUAGGUAGUACUUAACACCUUAUAGGUUUGGCGUCUGUAUAUAAGUUAUCAGGAGUGAUGCUGAGUAGUUUUUACAGCAUGAGUGAGCUGCUGAAGAAGAGCACAAAUCCAUGCCCCAUUAGUUGAAGUCAAAUAAUUUUGAAAUCUCAUUUUCCAUGCUGCUUUUUUCUUUUUUGUAACAGUAAUGAAAUUCAUGUCCAGUUAAAACACUAGACAAAUUUCAAGUUGCUUCAGUGAUUUUUAGGUCAGGUACCGCAUACGCAUGAAACUAUUUCCACAGUUUCAACAAAGUAGUUUACUCCAGUGCUUCCAAAUUUUGUAUUUUGUAUGGAAUUAUGUAAUUUCUUCUAUCAAGUUAUGGUUGUCAGCAUUUUGAUGUGGAAAAUGGUGAGAUGAGUAUCACUUGCUUUGCUGUCCUGAGUUUUCUAAACAUUUGUAAGUCUUAAAUGCCUUCUUGAUGUCAUGAGCUCACUGUUUCUUAUGUAUAAGUCUUCAGUGGUGUCUGAUUUUUUUCAUGGCUAUAAAUGCCCUCUUUCCAUGCUCACACAAUCUUAAAUCUUUAUUUAGAGAUAUGGAAAUAAUUGUGAAGAAAAUAUUUUGGCAAGAAUACUUUUUUUAAGAAAUUAUGAAUAAGUAAAUACUUUUUGUUUGCAAUAAAGAAGCAGUUUUUCAGCAUGUAUUGCUCUGCCUUUACCUUUCUUAGAUGCUUUCAAAGAACAUUUUUAUAUACAAUAUACUGUUAAGCCAGCUCAUAUUUGUACCUAGUGAAAGCCUGUCUAUUUCCAAGUAAUAUAUUUUGCCUUAAUUGGCUUACUCUGUAAAUCACUUGAAUAAAUGUUUUUCCUAGAGGAUGGUA